UUCUCACCUGAGAUCCGCCUUCUUUACAAACUGGCCAGCCCCACCUUUUUGUAAAAUUUGGGGCGAGAGUUAGUACUGAGGAUUACUCCUUACAAUGCUGCCAGGCUUUAGGAGCAGUAGGAAUACCAAUAGCAGCAAUGAAGAGGACAAAAAGAAGCUAAGCAAGAAGAAGAAGACUACAGGAAGUGGACACCUCCUUGAUACAUCUGUGGGCUGCUCUGAUAUGGUCCUUCUUGAUCCAUUGACUGUUGAAAAUAUGGUCCAGAACUUGCAAGAGAGAUACAGAGCAGGAGAAAUUUAUACUUAUAUUGGUCAUGUAGUAAUAUCAGUCAAUCCAUACAGAGAGUUGGAUAUUUAUUCACAAGAAUAUGUAACAGAAUAUCGCAGUAGGAACAUAUUUGAGCUUCCACCACACGUGUUUGCAAUAGCUGAUGAUGCCUAUCGGUCACUGAGGGACAGAAACAAGGACCAGUGCAUUAUUAUAUCGGGUGAAUCUGGAGCUGGUAAAACUGAGGCCUCAAAGCAGAUCAUGCGUUAUGUAGCUCAAGUGAGUGGCAAGGGAGAAGAAGUGGAUCGAGUGAAAGAGCAACUUCUUCAAUCCAAUCCAGUUCUAGAAGCUUUUGGUAAUGCAAAGACCAACAAGAAUGAUAACUCGUCUCGAUUUGGUAAAUACAUGGAUAUUGAAUUCAAUUUUAAAGGAGAUCCAGUGGGAGGUAUCAUAUCAACUUAUUUGCUAGAGAAGUCACGCGUCAACUACCAGAGCACUGGUGAGCAGAAUUUUCACAUAUUUUUCCAGUUAUUGUGUGGAACUGAUGAAGACUUCUUGGGAAUGCUUCACUUGCAGAAAGACUUCAGUAAGUAUAGAUACUUAGUCUCAACUGAUGUAGACAGACCUGAUGGAUUCCUUCAGCAGCAGGCAAAAGAAUUUGAAACAACACUGAAAGCAAUGGAAGUUAUUGGUUUCACUGCUGAAGAAAUAAGCUCAGUGCUUGAGCUACUGGCUGCCAUACUGAACCUUGGCAAUGUCACAUUCAAAGGUUAUGCACUCCCUAAUGGAACCAAUGCCUGUGAGAUGCAAAACAACAUGGAAGCUGCAACUUUUGCCUGUGAUAUGCUUGGUUGCUCAUUGGAGCUGCUAGAGCAAUGCCUGACAAAGAAAAGUGUAGAGACAUCAAAGGAAGUGGUCUUAACACCACUCUCUCAAGCAGAGAGUGAGUUUGCACGUGAUGGACUCUGCAAAGCUAUUUAUGAGAGACUGUUCAAGUGGCUAGUGAGCAGAAUCAAUGACAAGAUUAAACCUCAAGCCCGUGGGAAAAGGAAGUCCAUUGGUGUCCUUGAUAUAUAUGGAUUUGAAGUUUUCAAGAGUAACAGUUUUGAGCAGUUUAUGAUCAAUUAUUGCAAUGAGAAACUCCAGCAGCUGUUUGUCGACUUGACAAUCGGAUCUGAACAGAAAGAGUAUAUAAUUGAAGGGAUUGAAUGGGAGACUGUGGAGUUUUUUGAUAAUUCUGUUGUUUGUGAAAUAAUUGAAGAUCCAAAGCAAGGAGUAAUAGCACUACUGGAUGAAGAGUGUCUUAGGCCAGGAGAGGUAAAUGAUUUGACAUUUCUCGAUGGCCUGAACAGACGAUACGUAAAAAAUGAAAACUUCAUAUCAAGGGCCUCGCACGACCAUCGAAGUGACACAACUCUUGAGAGAAAUCAAUUCAGACUAAGACACUAUGCUGGAAUGGUGACUUAUGACGUAACUGGAUUCAUGGAUAAGAAUCGUGAUCACUUACUGAAGGAUUUAUCUCAAGCAAUGUUCGCCUGUGAGAGAGCUUUACUAAAGACCAUGUUCCCCGAGGGGGAUCCCGAGUCUCGGCAUCUUAAGAGACCUUCUACGACUGGUUUUAAGUUUAAAGCCUCGGUCAAUGACAUGAUGAAGAACCUUUUAGCUAAGAACCCAAACUAUGUCCGUUGCGUGAAGCCGAAUGAUUUAAAGAAGUCGAAAAUGUUUGAAGCUCAACUUGUUGAAACUCAAAUCCGUUAUAUGAAUUUACUGGAGAAUGUGAGAGUGAGAAGAUCUGGUUAUGCUUAUCGUCAGUCGUAUGAACAAGCCUUGCAACGUUAUAAAAUGCUUACUAGUAAAACGUGGCCAACCUGGAAGAAGAGCCCAAGGGACGGAGUGAAGACUAUAUUAAAAGAGUGCAAGAGGAAGGAUGAGGAGUAUUCUUUUGGACGUACAAAGAUCUUCAUUAGGAACCCUCAAACUGUUAUGGACUUGGAGGAGAUGAGAAAGAAGAGAAUGCAUGAUUUAGCUACCCUCAUAUCUAAAAGAUAUCGUGGAUGGAUAAAAAGAAAGAAAUUUCUGCAGAUAAGGAACAGUCAGAUUACUAUUUCGAAGCAUCUAAGAGGAUCCAAGGUCCGUAAGCAGUACCUCAUCAAAAGAAAUGCUACCAUUGUGAUACAGAGCUAUUUCCGUGGCUGGCAGGUUCGUGAUACCCUUGCUAAAGUCCGAGUGCUAUCAAGACAGCUUUAUGUCUCCAGUGUCAUUAGGAGAUAUUAUUAUGCUUGGAAGCUACGUAAAGUUAUUAAUGACAGAAUACACAGCAAGAAGUAUCUACCAGCUGCUAUCGUUAUUCAAAAGUAUUACAGAGGAUGGAAAGUAAGGAGAAAGGAUACAAAAUCACCACAAGUACAAGUACCUCUUACAAUGGAUUCAGAGAGCACUGAUACUCCAGCGGGUACAAAUACUAAUGGAGUGUUACCAGAAGCUAAUACUGAGAGUGUUUCAGAUGAUAGUGAAGAGGAGGAGGAGGAGGAGGAGGAGGAAAGUGAAGAGGAGACCGAGGGAGAAGAGACUGAAGAAGAAGAAGAAGAAGAAUGUAAACUGGUAAGAGAUUAUUACAAUGCUAAUCCAAUGGUGAAGCACAAACUGUCAGAGAAAAGUCGUGCCAGUACUCUUUUCAAGGGAAAGAAAUCAGUCUAUCAAGCAUCAAUCCCAGUUGCUUUUAUAUCGGAUAGGCUGAGGAUCAAGUCAGAUGAGAGGUGGAAAAAAUUAAUUAAUGAUGUAUCAGAUACAAGAAUAGUCUGGGCUGACUCCGUCCAGAAAAUGAACAGAAGUGACGCAAAAUUGUGCAGUAGAGCUAUAGUCCUCACAUACAAGUCUCUGUACAUACUGGACUCUAAGAACUACCGACUGUUGUAUCUGCUGCCAUUGAGUGAUGUAACUGGAGUCUCUCUCAGUCCUUUUAAUGAUGGAUUCCUUAUCAUACACAUCAGACCACAUGACGGUCAAGACAAGUCAAGACCUAAAGGUGACUUGGUUUUAUUAACGAAACACAUUGUGGAGGGUGUCACCAAGCUAAGUGUCGUCAUCAGACAGCUGCAAGUCAACUUUAAAACAGAAAUUGAGACACAAUUAAAAUUUGGUGAGUUAUCGACGAUUGUAUUCAAAGGAAUUUCUGGUGACAAUGGAAGCCCAGUCUGUCAAAGAAGGGGCGGAAAUACAAUACUAAUCCAUGUUGAACAAUGA